AAUAUGCAUGUGCAAAUCUGUGUAUGGGCGGAUCACAGUAUGUAUGUAGGCUAUGUAUUAUUCAAUCAAUUGAAGCAGUGAAAAGAAACUGUGUUAGAUUCUCUCUGUAUCAUGAGUCCACUUUAAUCAUUUCCAACAAUAAUGAUAUGGUAUGGUGUACUAAUAACACUGUCAUAUAAUUAUGAGUGCUUUCAACCCCCAUGUAGUUGCAACCCGGCCACUAAAAGAAAUUGGGAGCAAGUUAAAGUGAAGCACAAAAACAUCAUUCAGGCUGCAAACAAGAAAAAGGCGGAUAUGCUGAAGACGGGGGGAGGACCCCGAGGUCCUGAGCUAACCCCUGCUGAGGAGCUUGCCUUGGCCAACAACAGGGGUAGGCCAAUCAUGCAGGGCAUAGCUGGGGGCAGCUCCUCUGGAGAGGUGGUGGCAGGAGAGAAUCCGUAUGUCCAAGUGGCCGGAGGCUCGAUCACACUCCUGCAGCCACCUCCCAAUGUGUUGUUGGUCAGGGGAGAGGAGCCCACUGAUGAGGUUGGUCUAGACGAUGAGGACACACUUUCCGCCUUCUCCAGCGAUUUGGCAAAUCCUGCUGGACCACGGCCUGCUCCGCCGGAGCCUGGCCCCUCUCGCUCUUUGGGAACUGGGGAUGGGGAGACUGACACUGAAGAUGUGCGCACGCUAUAUAAGCGCUACUUGCGUGCCAAGAUUCACAACCUCCACUUAAGCUCAAUGAAGCUGGAUUUGGAGGUUAAAUUGCUUAAACGGCAGCUGAAUGUAAGUCUAACCCUGUAAAGCAAAGCUUUGGCUAAAGUAUUUGUGAGCUUUGCCAUGAAUUGUAACUAAACUGAAAAUCUUAUUUCUUGUGCACCUUCAUUUACAGGAUAACCAAUAAAGGGGAAAAAAAUAAAGGCUUUAUUGUACAA